CUUCUCUUCUGCCCCCAGGUGCACUGCAGUUGCCCUAAGAAGUGCUCUUGCCCGUCCCCUGCCCCCUCGUGCCCGCCGGGCAUCAGCUCCGUGCUGGACGGCUGCGGCUGCUGUAAAGUGUGUGCCAGGCAGUAUAACCAGGACUGCAGCACGAGCGAACCAUGUGAUCACAUCAAAGGCCUGCACUGCCACCUAGGGGCUGGAGGUGAUCCUGAUCGUGGUCUGUGUCGAGCUGAGGCCCAGGGACGGCCCUGUGAGCUGAAUGGCCGCGUUUACCAGCACGGCGAGGACUUCCAGCCCAGCUGCGAGCACCAGUGCAGCUGCAUGGACGGCGUGGUGGGCUGCAUGCCCCUCUGCCCGCACGCCGUGCCCCUGCCUGGCUGGCACUGCUCCAGGCCUCGUCUCGCCAGGCUGCCGGGCCACUGCUGCGAGGAGUGGGUCUGUGACGACGACAACCGCAUCGAGGAGGAAGAUGCCAGGAGGCCAGACGAGCUGCAGCCUGCCCAGCCGCAGGACCCCGAUCUGGGCAGCAACGAGCUGCUGGUGGCCCCCACCCCCUGGGACUCCACCGCUGGAGCUCCAGAGCAAGAGUGGAUCUCCUCCACCCAAUCACACGCCCUCCUCCCAGCCAAGUGCUUCCUGCAAACCACUGAUUGGUCUCCCUGCUCCGCCAGCUGUGGGAUGGGAGUGUCCAGUCGGGUAACCAAUGACAACCCAGAGUGUCGGCUGGCCAGGGAGACACGUCUCUGUCAGAUUCGCCAGUGUGACAAUGAUAUCAUGCCACUUAUUAAGAAAGGAAAGAAAUGCCAGCGCACUAUGAGGCCUAGAAAGCCGACGAAGAUCUCCUUCUCCGGCUGCUCGACCACACGGAGGUACCGGCCACGUUCCUGUGGUUCUUGUUCCGACGGCCGGUGCUGCGAGCCCUCGCAGACGCGCACCGUGGUUCUGCAGUUCCACUGCGCGGACGGGCGCAAAGACUUUGCGCGCAACGUCAUGUGGAUCCAGCGGUGCAGCUGCAGCCAGAGCUGCGAGCGGCGCGGCCUGGCCUCCUUCCCAGAAUCCCUCAACGUCCCCAAUGACAUCCACACCUUCACCCACUAAACUCUCGCCUUAUUCCCCAGCACUACUGCCUUAAAGGGCCAGCAGGUCUUCAGGGUCACAACUUAUUUUUCUCAUAUAGCUCUGCAAGCUGAGGCAUAUAGAAAUGGCCAUCAUACCAAACAUACUUCAGCCCUGAGAAUGUCUUCUGUUCCAUUGUGGGGCUGGAGCUGACGUGACUAUGGCUAAACAUUAAUCUUAUGUUUAUGAAACUCUGAAUCCCUCAGAAAAAAAAAAGAGAGCGUACGUGUCUGGCCAGUUCCCCUGGUGUAAACUCAAACAAGUGCUGUUUUUCGGUAGAACCUUUCUCUCUGUGAAUGGAUGUAUUUAUAAGCACAGAGAAGCUGGGACACUGACAGAAGAUGAUGGCACACUGAAUCCUCCAUUUUGUCAGUCGUAUAAACACACAGACUAAACACACAAUAGCAGCUCCCAACCCAAUCUAUCUGGAGAGACAUUGUUUAUUCAGUGGACACUUCUGUGGACAAUGGUUGUCCUAAUUUGACAAUUUCUUUUUUUUUCAGACUUUCUGUUUUGUCUAGAUUGUACAAGUGACGGAUAUAUAUGUUACUCCGAGGGCAUAUCUUAGUGGGAUAGAAAGUUGACACAUUCACAAGCCCUUCGUGCAAAAUUUUGAUAAAUCCUAUCAAUGGACCUCCUGUCACACCUGACAGGCAAGAUUCAAAUAUAUGUGGCUUAUAUUUUUAUACAUGAGAUUAUUCACAUUCAUGACCACAUCAUAAGUUAUUUGUCAUAAAGUUAUUUGACUUGUUUGUUUAUUGUAUCUGAAGCAUACUUUGACAUUCUGAAGUCAUCAAUGUUAUUGUAAAAAAAAUGUAAAUAUGUAUUUAUG